AUGUCGUGGGAGUUCAUCAAAGUGAGGGUCUUGCGCACAGUUACUGCGCUCUCCGGCUUCUAUGUGGAAUGGAGGACGCUGAUGAUGCUGUUCUUAUACCGACCCCGACCUUGUAUUAGCUGGAGGACGCGCUGCUGUUGCUGUGCUUAUACCGUCUCGACCCCAAAAGAGAAUGUUGUAUUAGCUGGCUGCUUUAUCAGUCAUACGUGCAAUGAUGGCCUUGGCUGUGUUUCUCCUGAUGAUCCUUGGGAUCUUGUAUGUUCUGCAUCAACGUUAGCCAUUGUUACCAGUCGUCGAUUUCGACAAAGCUGUGUCCGGCCAAGAUGCAAAAAGUUCCUUUCAAUUCCAAAUCAUGUUGGUUGUCAACACGCCUCACAGUCUACAAGGGGUUGGUCUCAUGAGUAA